UGCAUGCGAUUUGUCACUCCGCUAAAUCCUACCCUGCCCCUCCACUAUAUAAAUCCCCACACCCGCAAACUCUAAUCUCACCACAGCCAGUCCUCUCUUCCCUUCUUCUAAAGCCUCUCCAACAUUCAGAUUUCUCUCUCUCUCUCUCUCUCUCUCUCUCUCUCUCUCUGCUCUUUAAAUUUAGUCGUUCUUCUUUUGCAAUGGCUGUUGAUUCUGCUAUCUCAUCGCCGCUUGGCCCACCGGCCUGCAAGAAGGACGCGAAGGCGCUCCAAUUCAUUGAGGAAAUGACGAGAAAUGCUGACGCCGUUCAAGAGAGAAUCUUGGCCGAGAUCUUGACCAGAAACGCCGAGACCGAAUACCUCAACCGCUUUAAACUUAAUGGCGCAACUGACCGCAAAACUUUCAAAUCCCAUAUCCCCAUGGUUACCUACGAGGAUCUUCAGCCUGAAAUCAAACGUAUCGCUAAUGGCGACCGUUCUCCUAUUCUCUCAGCUCACCCCAUUUCCGAGUUCCUCACCAGUUCUGGGACUUCAGCUGGAGAAAGAAAACUCAUGCCCACGAUUCAGGAAGAGCUGGAUCGUCGCCAGCUACUAUACAGCCUCCUCAUGCCAGUCAUGAACCUUUAUGUGCCGGGUUUGGACAAGGGUAAAGGGCUAUACUUCUUGUUCGUAAAAUCGGAGACGAGGACACCGAGUGGCCUCUUGGCCCGCCCAGUGCUAACGAGCUACUACAAGAGCGAACACUUUAAGACUCGACCCUACGACCCGUACAAUGUCUACACGAGCCCUGACGAGGCCAUCCUUUGCGCCGACUCGUUCCAAAGCAUGUACACCCAAAUGCUCUGUGGCCUCAUAGAGCGCAAGCAAGUCCUCCGCCUUGGUGCCGUUUUUGCCUCUGGCCUCCUCCGGGCCAUCAGGUUCCUGCAGCUUAAUUGGAACCAACUAGCCCAUGACAUCCGAACAGGCACCCUCAGCCCGAAAAUCACCGACCCAGCAAUCAAAGACCGUAUGGUUCCUAUCCUAAAGCCAGACCCGCAAUUGGCAGAUUUCAUUACCAGAAAAUGCUCGGAAGACAACUGGGAGGGCAUUUUAACCAAAAUUUGGCCCAACACGAAGUAUUUGGACGUAAUUGUAACGGGUGCUAUGGCGCAGUAUAUACCUACGCUAGAUUACUAUAGCGGAGGAUUGCCUCUCGCGUGUACAAUGUACGCGUCAUCGGAGUGCUAUUUCGGACUUAAUCUCAACCCAAUGUCCAAACCGUCCGAAGUGUCUUACACCAUAAUGCCAAAUAUGGCCUACUUCGAGUUCCUACCCCACGAGCCCAAUGCCAACAGGUUCAGUAGCCGUGACUUGCCUUUGAAACUCGUUGAUCUUGUGGACGUGGAAGUCGGGAAGGAGUAUGAGCUAGUGAUCACUACCUACGCCGGGCUUUACAGGUACAGAGUCGGAGACAUUCUUCGCGUCACCGGUUUCCACAACUCGGCCCCACAGUUCCACUUCGUGAGGAGGAAGAACGUGUUGCUCAGCAUCGACUCCGACAAGACCGACGAGGCGGAGUUGCAAAAGGCCAUGGAGAACGCCUCUCAGCUCCUCAAGGAGUUCAACACCAGCGUCGUCGAGUACACGAGCUACGCCGACACGAAAACGAUCCCGGGUCACUACGUGAUAUAUUGGGAGCUCUUGGUGAAGGACCCUGACAACUCGCCGAGUGAGGAGGUACUGAAUCAAUGUUGUUUGGAGAUGGAGCAAUCUCUCAACUCGGUGUACCGACAAGGCCGAGUGGCGGACAACUCGAUUGGGCCGCUGGAAAUACGCGUGGUAAAGAACGGGACGUUUGAGGAACUCAUGGAUUAUGCAAUCUCGAGGGGCGCGUCCAUUAAUCAGUAUAAGGUGCCGAGAUGUGUGAAUUUUACUCCGAUUAUGGAGCUUUUGGACUCCAGGGUGGUCUCUUCACAUUUCAGCCCAAGUUUGCCACAUUGGACCCCGGAAAGGAGACGGUAACUAAUCUCUUCGGGGGCAACAAACCCGACCCAAAUUGCAAGUCCACGGGGUGGUCAAAUGGAUUCUCCUUGCAUUUCUUUAGUUCUUUUAUUUUAAUCUUUCUUUAUUUCAUAAGUAGGUUUCGUGGAAGGAUAAAGGCAGUGUAUUAUGUUGUACGUGGGAUUAGGACGUUUCAGGGUCAGGUUUUGUAUUCCGGUUCAAUUAACUUGUGGAAAUUAAGGAUGUAAUGUCACAAAGUGGUUCGUGUA